CCCCCCCAUAGCCUUUUCUUCUCCUGAAGAUAACUCACGAGGCAGCAAAGUAUUACGACCAGAGUUUUCCUUCUCGAUGGGCUUCCUUCCCCGAUUGAUGAGCCCCAUCUGCCCUUCACUUUCCUCUGCAGAAUGGGCAGGAUCUGCCUUCUUGACUGUGGGAUUCACUGUUGUUCUCAUCCUCUCCAUCCACCAGGGCCUGCCUUCACCUGCAGCAGAAUUCCCUAAUAAACCAAGGAUUUGAGACCCAUUAGCUAUCAUCACCUGAUUUAGCCGGCCGAUUGAAGCCGUUCCUGGGAUUGUGGCCCCUGUUGCAUGCUGACAGCUUCUGGAAGCCACAGUUCUCUUCCUUGAAACCAAAACAGGAUUCCCUUUCCUCCCACUCUGAAGAAGGAGAUGGAGAAGGCAGUCAAAGCUCCAGGGAAUGGGUCACCUUUCCCCCAUUAGGAAUAGAAAUUAAAAUGUGUGAAAUGUGGACUAUGUUCAUUGAAUGAGCACACAUAGUUCACAUCAACGACCUCCAACAGGGGAGAAACCAUUUAAAGGUAUGGAGUGUGGGAAACUUUUCACUGAUAGUGGAAACCUUAGAACACAUCAACGGACUCACACAGGGGAGAAACCAUUUAAAUGCCUGGAGUGCGGAAAGAGCUUCAGUCAGAAUGGAGACCUUAGAAGACAUCAAUGGACUCACACAGGGGAGAAACCAUUUAAAUGCCUGGAGUGCGGAAAGAGCUUCAAUCAGAAUGGAGACCUUAAAUUACACCAGCGGACUCACACAGGGGAGAAACCAUAUAAAUGCCUGGAGUGCGGAAAGAGCUUUACUGGUAAUGGAAACCUUAGAACACAUCAACAGACUCACACAGGGGAGAAACCAUUUAAAUGUAUAGAGUGCGGAAAGGGCUUUAGUCAUAAUGGACACCUUAGAAGACAUCAACGGACUCACACAGGGGAGAAACCAUUUAAAUGCCUGGAGUGCGGAAAGAGCUUCAGUCAGAAUGGAGACCUUAAAUUACACCAGCGGAUUCACACAGGGGAGAAACCAUAUAAAUGUAUAGAGUGCGGAAAGAGCUUUAGUGAUAAUGGAAGCCUUAGAACACAUCAACGGACUCACACAGGGGAGAAACCAUUUAAAUGCCUGGAGUGCGGAAAGAGCUUCAGUCGGAAUGGACACCUUAGAAAACAUCAACGGACUCACACAGGGGAGAAACCAUUUAAAUGUAUAGAGUGCGGAAUGAGCUUCAGUGAUAAUGGAAACCUUAGAAGACAUCAACGGACUCACACAGGGGAGAAACCAUUUGAAUGCCUGGAGUGCGGAAAGUGCUCCAGUCAGAAUGGAGACCUUAAAUUACACCAGCGGAUUCACACAGGGGAGAAACCAUAUAAAUGUAUAGAGUGCGGAAAGAGCUUUAGUGAUAAUGGAAGCCUUAGAAGACAUCAACGGACUCACACAGGGGAGAAACCAUUUAAAUGCCUGGAGUGCGGAAAGAGCUUCAGUCAUAGUGUACACCUUAGAAAACAUCAGCAGACACACAGCGGAGAAACCAUUUAGAUGUAUGGACUGUGGAAGGAGCUUCAGUCAGAGAGGAACCCUUGAUUUAUGUCAACAAACUCACAC